AUGCGCAAUGGGAGCUGCGUGUCCAAGUCAGAGGUAAAGGAGGAGGCCCGAGUGCCCUGUCGCUGCUCUUCUCGGGGGAUCGAGAAGCCUCAGCAGCGGCUGCAGCUGUGCGCCAGCUGCGGCGUGGCCAUCCACGACCGAUAUCUGCUCAAGGUGAAUGAACACCACUGGCAUUUGGGCUGCCUAGAGUGCUCCGUGUGCAGGACUUCACUGCGCCAGCAAAGCAGUUGCUACGUCAAGAACAAACAAGUCUACUGCAAACUAGACUACUUCAGCAGGUUUGGCACUCAGUGCACCCAGUGCGGCCGUCAGGUGUACGCCAGCGACUGGGUGCGGCGGGCGCGGGGCAGCGUUUACCACCUGGCCUGCUUUGCCUGCUUUUCCUGCAAACGCCAGCUGUCCACGGGCGAGGAGUUUGGCCUGGUAGAGGGUAGGGUGCUAUGCCGCGCCCACUACGACGCCGUGCUGGACAACCUGCGCAGGGCUGCCCAAAACGGAAAUGGACUGACCCUGGAGGGGGCGCUGCCCUCCGACCUGGGCUGCCAACCCAAGCCAGCCAAGAGGGCACGGACGUCGUUCACGGCGGAACAGCUGCAGGUGAUGCAGCGCCAGUUUGCCCAGGACAACAAUCCUGAUGCUCUUACGCUUCAGAAACUGGCGGAAAUGACGGGACUGAGUCGGCGGGUCAUACAGGUUUGGUUCCAGAACUGUCGUGCUCGCCACAAAAAGCAGCAUCCUCUUCUUCCUCCACCUACCAGUGGAUUCCCCCAUCAGAGCUCCUCACUGGCCAUGAGGCCCUCCUCCUCUUCCACCUCCCUCCACGAACACCACAGCCACCUCUCCUCCUGCAUCAGCCCAGACAGACGUCUACUGGCCCGGCAUGGAUACCUAGACAGUCAUCCCUUCUCGGCAGUUGCAGCUCCACCAGGACACUUGAGCCAUCCUGGCCUCCCACUACCACAAAUUCCCAUCAGCCGCUGACAUCCUGCAUAUCCCCCCUCCACUACAACAUACUGUACAUGUAUACACUACCAGUCAAAAGUUUGGACACAGUUUCUCAUUCAAUAGCAUUAGAAACUUUCUUACAUAUACAUUUAUAGUGGACACGGUUUUGGCUGCAAAAGCAAAGGCCCCUGAGUUUCAACCCUGCUCUUGAGAUGACAAGAAGUGAUCUCUCAGAAGACCUCAAGAAAUUGUGUUGGAAUAUAUGAGUGUAAAAGGUCAAAAAGGUAGGAUGGAGCCAGCCUAUUCAGAGCUCUGUAAGCAAACAAUAAUAUUCUGAACUGAAUUCUAAAAUGUGUUGGGAGCCAGUGGAGAGACAGAUGCGAGUUCACGUGAGAUGUGCACCGGUUAGAAGUGGAGCAACAGCCGUCUGAACCAAUUGCAAUCGAGGGAGGGAAGCCUGGCUAACACCAACGAGGAAGGCAUCAUAAUAAUCUAAUCGACUGUUGACCCAUUAUAAAAUCACUGCCGCACAAUGUUCGGGGUGACAGAUGAGGAAAUCGUGGUCCACUGUGUCGAAGUCACAUGUAAAGUCUACAAGAAUAAGAAUAGUGUAGUCCCCAGUGUCAGUAGCUGAAAACAAAUAAUUAAAAACUCUUAAAAAUGCAGAUACGGUGCUGUGGACCCUCUUAAAACCAGAAUGGGAAAACCUCAAGAACUUCAUGUGCAUAUAAAGGAGACAGUUGUACUAUUACAACUUUCUCCCCAAUUUUUUUUUGUUUUUUUUUACAUAAAAGGGAGUGUAGAAAUAUACGGAAGCGUUCAUUUGGAUUAAAAAAAAAAAAAAAACUCGUUUUUCUGAGUAAUUUUUUUAGGGCUUUCUUUUUUUGAAUAUUUUUUUCUGUUUUUCUGACAAAUUUUUUGCCACCUGUUUUUCGGACUAAUUUCUUCCUGAGUUAUCGGGACACAUCGAACUCACGCGAGAACCUGCGAACUGCAAGUGACUCUUUGCGGACUCCGUAGUAAGCAACAUGACCGGCUUAUUUAGUUUGAUCAAGUUUUAUUUUGAUAUGGGUUUAAGACACUGGGAGAUACUCCUUUCUUUGAGUCACAUAGAUGGUAUUGUUAUUAGUUUGUCGACAUUACGCAGGCACCUACGGACUUUGCGUUGUUCAGGAGGAAAGCCCAUUCAGAUCUGCUAGAUACAGUAAUGUUUGUCCAGAAUCAGUCGGACAGAUGUGGCAUGCUCCAUGGAUACAUUUAAAAUGCAUUCAGGCUGGCUAAAUGGUGACUCAAGAGACGAUCAGGAGACUGAUGAAAAUACUGGACCCGCAUGGUGUGCAACUGAGGCGCCGGAAUAAGCUUCGCCGGCGUAUGUACCACAAUCCCGGCCCAAACGUUUUGUGGCAUGUAGACUCUUUAUGACAAACUCAAUCCAUAUGGGAUCUGGAUCAAUGGUGCAGUAGAUGGGUUUUCACAAAUGGUGAUAAGGCUACAUGCUUACUCGACAAACAGUGAGCCGAAGAUAAUUGCUGGAUACUUUAUUAAUGAGGUGUCAUCAAGGAAUGUGAGUGACGUCUGCCCGAAUUCGUUGGGACCUUGGCACCGAGAACUGCUUUAUUGAGCAAAUGCAGAUGUUCCUGAGGCACGACCAUCUGGACAACUUUUCACACAGAUGUUAUCUGUAUGGAUCGAGCAAUCACAACCAAAGAAUAGAGAACUGGUGGGGCUUUUUAAGGAGGCAAGAUGCACAGUUUUGGAUUAACCUGAUUUAAAAGACUCGGACUUAUUUUCUGGUGACUUCCUGGACAAAAAUAUCAUUCAGUUCACAUGUCUUGAAAUAAUAGAGGUAAGAACUGCAACCCCCCGCCUCCCAAUUGUCUACCUACUUCCACAUUCUACUUCACAAAAAGAAGUAGAAUAUCACCCUGUGGGUUAGUUUUGGUGUGGUACUAAUACUUAGAAAUGAGUGUCAAGAGCUCACGCUUUGUAGGCUAUAGUCAAAACCUUAAUCUGACAGUAUUGUCAGCAUAAUAUAUUAGAAUUACUUAAAUGAAAAUUGUAAAAUGAAACAAAAUGUUUGUGUCAGUAUCUUGAUGUCUUAACUAAUACAGUUAAGCCUACUAUUGCGCAGAUGUUUAAAUUGGAGCUGAUUUGUACUACAUAUUGGCUAGUUAAGUGCAACAUAUGUACCACAGUUGGUAUAUAAAAUGUGCGAGCUGAUUUUAUCACUAUUUUUAUUUAGAGAGAACCACAGGAAGUUGUUCACCUCUGGAACACUCACAGAAUUCACCCAUGCGGAAGAAAUGCUGCGUCUGCAGUUGGGCGCCCAGUGAUGAUGUACACCCUAGCUGAACUUUUUGGAGCCAGAGAGUACUUGAAAGAGGUCUCUCGAGAAAAGAUAGGUCUGCAGAGGGGAAUGCCUUCAGAGAGGACCGUACCCCUGUGAUGAUACAGUGUUUGACAUUUGUUGUCUCGCCAUGGCAGAAAACAGUCUUCAUCCACCCACCUCUCCAGAGGAAGCCAUCGAGCUUUACAUGUUCUUACGUGCUUACAUACGAGAGCAGAUUACAUGAUCACAACCUGCUCUACAGGAUCAUGUAACCCUCCAAAAAUGGUAGAGCUUACGGACCAUGAAUUUAACUGGAAAGGCUAUUAAAACAGGAAAUUACUGUGAAUUUGCUCCAAAUGGACAUCUCCAUGUUGUGCCUCGUAUAUUUUUCUUUCUAUUCCGGAAAAGUAAACUUCCAAUGUAUGCAUGAAAAAACAUGGAAAAUCUUGGGUGCAUUGUGUUUAUCAUUUAUAAAUAAAGUUUCUAAUACAU